GCACAAAAAAAAUCCAAGGAAGAAGAAGAAGAAGAAGAAGAAGAAGAAGAAGAAGAAGUUGCAUGGCUUUUAUUUUGAAACGCCACUAUUCGAGCAUCACGGGUUUUUUUCUGUUCAGUGAGGCGAAGUGUCUCGUGUGGUUUCAGUCUGUUCAUACAAUGGCUGAUGAUGGUCCCGCAGAGGACUAUCCCACUGAAAUUGAGGAAAACCUGAAUGAUUUCGAGUCCUCUUUGAGCACUGUCCAGAAUAUGGUCCAAACGCUUGCAUCUGUAUCCAGAAGUGACAAUCUGCUGAAACUGGAUCCUCUUGAUCAAGCUAAAUUGGAUCUGAUGUCUGCAUAUGCCCUCAACUCAAUGUUCUGGAUGUAUCUGGUGACACAAGGAGUCAAUCCGAAAGACCAUGCGAUUAAACAAGAGCUGGACAGGAUCAGGACAUACAUGAACAAAGUCAAAGAGAUCACUGACAAAAGAAAAGCUGCACGUCUGGACAAAGAUGCAGCUUCGCGGUUUGUUCGGAAUGCAUUGUGGGACGCAGAGGACAAGAAGAGAAAAGACUCAACUGAGCAUCCCCACAGAGGAAAGCACAUCCGGUUUUCUUGAUUGAAUUGACUGGCGAAAUAUUGAAGAUUCCCUGCAAAUUUUUAGCAGACUUUGGGAUUAAGCACAACAAAUAUCUGUGGUUUGCCCGGUGAUGUGUUAUGAUGCUGUGUUGAGUUAUAGCAUCAUUCUUUUCAAGAUUACUAAUUUCAAACUAAAGAGGAAACCCAAUAUAAGUUAGUU